AUGUGUGCCUAUUCAUUGCAGGUCGACCUCACGCGCACCUUCACCUUCCGCAACUCGAAGCAGACAUACACAGGAAUUCCCAUUAUAGUGGCGAACAUGGACACUGUGGGGACAUUUGAAAUGGCUGUGGUUAUGGCAAAACAUGCAAUGUUCACUGCAAUUCACAAGCAUUAUUCUCUGGAAGAAUGGAAACUGUUUGCUGCCAAUCACCCAGAAUGCCUUGAGCAUGUAGCAGCAAGCUCAGGUAGUGGAAAAGCUGAUUUGGACAAGUUAACAAGUAUUCUGGAGGCCAUUCCACCUAUCAGAUACAUCUGCCUGGAUGUGGCAAACGGCUAUUCAGAGCACUUUGUGGAGUUUGUGAAGUCUGUCCGUGCCCUAUUUCCACAUCACACCAUUAUGGCAGGCAAUGUGGUGACAGGAGAGAUGGUAGAAGAACUUAUUCUUUCCGGAGCAGAUAUUAUUAAAGUGGGUAUUGGACCAGGUUCUGUGUGUACCACUCGGAUUAAGACGGGGGUGGGCUAUCCACAGCUAAGUGCUGUUAUUGAGUGUGCAGACUCAGCACAUGGCUUGAAAGGACAUAUCAUCUCUGAUGGUGGAUGCAGCUGCCCAGGAGAUGUCGCCAAAGCGUUUGGAGCCGGUGCUGAUUUUGUCAUGCUUGGAGGAAUGUUUGCUGGCCAUGACCAGUGUGCUGGAGAGAUUAUGGAAAAAAAUGGCAAGAAGGUGAAACUAUUCUAUGGAAUGAGCUCUGAUACAGCCAUGAAGAAGCACGCAGGAGGGGUUGCUGAAUACAGGGCUUCGGAGGGCAGAACUGUGGAGGUACCGUACAGAGGGGACGUGGAACUCACCAUCCUGGACAUCCUUGGGGGACUGCGCUCCACCUGCACCUAUGUGGGAGCUGCCAAACUCAAGGAACUGAGCAGGAGAACGACGUUUAUCCGAGUCACCCAGCAGCACAGCCAGGUCUUCUCUUAGCCCAGCGCUGGGGGGCUGGAGAGAGAGGGGUCGGGGAGAGGAGCAGGAAGGGCUGCUGGUUUGUUUUGCUUUCUCCUCCAUGUUGUGUUAGUGGCAAACUCUCCCCUCUCUCAGACUCUCAGUGUCAUAGCCGUUGGAGGGGCUAUGGCUGGGAUUUGGAAGGGGAAGGUCGUGCUAUUAACAUAGCGACAUUGGUUCAGAA